GAGAAAAUAAUCACAGCAGUCUAGUGGUUGGUGGAGAGCCUGGUGAACAAAAACAAAGCCCAUCUGAAAACUGUGUGCCCUCCAGGGCUUCAAGCCACCCCCAUAGUCUGGCUGAGACACCCUCACCUCACCACAAGAUAGUCAUGAAUGCAAUCAAUGAGAACCCUCAGGCUGGCAGAACAGUGCAGAGCAUAAAGCCAGCCUCCCUGCCUGUUCACAGGAUUCCCUCAGGGGAUUUACCUCUGGUUACACAGGGAGUGGCACCCCCGGCUCAAGACAGUGAGACUCAUGGACCUGCUUACCAUGGAGGAGAUAAGGCUGAGCGUCACUCCAUGUUAGCCUGCAAGCAGCCCAUGCAGCUGCAGCAGUGCAACAUUAUCACCACUAUUUGCAGAGGGGCUAGCAGUGUAGAAGGUGGCGUACAGCAGCCUCAGACCCGGUGUGUCUGUGUCUCGUCCCCCAAAGCAGCCAAAGUGGAGGGUGUUGAAAAAAAGGCCAAUCUUCCCCCUAACUGUGACAAGGCACUCUGCUACGGCUCUUAUUUCCAUCAUGCCAACUUUGAGGACACAUUUGCUGCCUACUGCCAUCCCCAGCCCAUCCCAGCACCCUCCCAGCUGCUGCCACGCCACCUAGAGCCAAGCUGCGACAUCCAGCGUGCAGCUGCACCUCCUUCACCGAUGAACCACCUCACCCUGCCUCGCCUCAUCUCCUCUGUCAGUGAGACAGGCCUGGAUGCCAAACACCUGCUGCGGUGCUGCAACCUCAACUGCUCUUGGAUCAGCUCGCUGCCUCCUGGUGCUGGGCCCCAAUCUCAAAAGCCCUUUGGUUUAGAGGAGUGCUGCAGCAGUCCCGUUGGCCACGUCAGAACAAUGACCCGCAACAUGGGGACUAUGACAGCCCACAAAGUACUGAGGGAUGUUGGGGUGCAGACAGGGCAGACCAUCACACCUCACGUGUUCCCCCAGGUCUGUCUGGCAGCAGAGAGCAGGAGCGACACUGCCUGCAACCAAACCCCGAACACGGACAGCGAUGGAGGGAAGAAAUCGAGUGGUGCUCCCAAGUCCCCAGUGAAAGAGGUGAAGUGGGAUGCAGAAGGGAUGACAUGGGAGGUGUAUGGGGCCUCUGUGGACCCUGAGGAGCUGGGUCUGGCCAUCCAGAGACACCUGGAGCUGCAGAUCAAGGAGACAGCGAUCCAUGCGGCCAAGCUGUCACGCCAGAACACCAACACCUCCCGGCAGAGCAGGAACACCGGCAGUCAGAGGAAGAAGAGCAGGAUGAUGGGCUCCAUCCGAACCCCGGCCUGUUGCGCUCGCACCACUACAGCUGUUGACUAACUGGCCCUCUGAGUGAUGGACGGGACAGAACCUGAACACUGUGUUCAGUAGCUAGUACGGCUACUCAUGGCCUCAGCCUCAAAUGACCAUCUGAUCAGAAGGUCUACGGAACAUAGAAUAAUCUGCAUACUACCAGAAGGGGUGGUAUGCCUGCAUACCAGAA